AUGCCUGAAAUCGAGAUGCCCGAUCCCGAGGAGCUCGGAGGAAACGUCACCAAGCCCUUCAAAUUCGUGACUGCUGGCUACGACGCUCGCUUCCCCAACCAGAACCAGACGAAGCACUGCUGGCAGAACUACGUCGACUAUCACAAAUGUAUCCUCGCCAAGGGUGAGGAGUUCAAGCCCUGCAGACAGUUCUACCUCGCCUACCGCUCACUAUGCCCGAACGCAUGGGUACAGCGCUGGAACGACCAGCGUGAUGCUGGCAACUUCCCUGUCGAUUUGGAGCGCUGA